UUGGCUGCUGUGUGACGGCGAAAAAUAUAUCAUAAUGUGAGUAGUCUCAUAUGAUGACUUCAUCUUAUAUAAUCUUUUACAUCGAAGACAUACCUUGUGUGUCAUACAUAGUAGUUUUCUAUUUUGUACAGUUCAUUUCCAUUAAAGAGACCUCUUAUGAAUCUCUUGUCUUCUGCUUCAGACUCAUAUAAUGUUGCCAGAUGAAGUUCUAAUGGCUUUCGUUCGUGAUCGGCGGCUUCACAUCUUUCAUGAUCAAAUGUUCGUUCAAAGCAUAGUCUGGCACUUCGAUAUUCUAUCAGUUGGCAUAAAUGCAAAACUUUCCAGUUCUUCUGCUUUCAAGCGUAGUAGUACCUCUGAUAACAACGCGAUCAGAUCCGAGUUGAAUAAAAUAAUUACUCGAAUUUUUCCCGCCGAGCACAGUUACUUUCUCGUUCGGCAUUCAUAAUGUCACAAAUAUCUCAAUUAUGUUAAUAGUCUGACGAAAGUCAUCGAUGAAUACCCAGUCUCAGACACCAGACACCAGACGCUGUCUAGCUUCUAGCAUAUGGUUGUUAGUUGAUGAAUGACGUCAGUCCGAGACUGCAUCUAGGACGAUAAAUCUCAUGGAAUUUCGCUGUGAAUCUAUUUUUUCGAUCUCUUGUUCUCCUUUUGUUUUGUCAAUACGAGCGAUAUGGCCUUUGCUACGUAGAGGCAGCUUUCAUGAGGGGCCGAUCUCCAUUUGAUUACCUGAGUCUGUUUCGCAUUCUCAGACUUAACCAAAAAAGAAGCUUUCAAGUUUCAACAUUCAGAUACAAAAUGCCGUAAAACCCUUUAUGACUUGAUGAGAACGCCAAUUGGCGUUCUGGCUACUAAGCCAACCAACAACCAUACGACAUAGGAAUACUCGAGCGGUUAGCAAAGCCCAUCUCCAUGCAACCCUAGUAUGCUAACAAGCCACAGAAGAGUUAUGCAAACCCAUACAUACCCUGAGAAAUUUAUGCUUGAAAAGGCUGCAACAAAAAUAGUAACUAACAUUGGCCCCCAAUACGAAAUAUGUUGUCAGCAAUGCCCGUACCAGAUUGAUUGACCUUUCAGUACAAGUAACAUGCUGUACUCCUUAGUUAUGGUAACACUGUGGCCAUUCUUUUAAUAUUAUUGUUUCGCGUCAACUGAUUUCUCAUUGCAUUUCGUCUUUUUUCGAGCUGAUACAGCAUGUGGAACUUCUUUCCAAACAGAUUGGACAGAGUGUGUUCUCAGUCAAUAGUCAUAGUCAUAGAACAAGCCAAAGCAUCCGCAGUCUCUGCAUGCAAAUACAUACUUGGCCGGUUGAUUGUGACUCUGUUUAAAGGAACCCAACAAAUUUCGCUGGAAGGCCUUGAGGUAUUCGGAUCGAUUGAAAUGAACUCUCUCUAUUGGCGCAAAUUUCAAGGCGUGUCGUCUUCGACGCUUCGGUAUAUAGCACAGAAUCUCACGAUUGAUGACGUUGAUAUACCGACUUUCUGGAGCUUUCCUGGGCUGAAGUCGAUAUAUGUUUUAAAUCUCAGAAAUUGCUCCUCUCCAUUAAAUGUCGAUUUUCCAGAAAUAGUUGUGGUGGAAAAAGCUAAUAUCAAAAAUGCGCGAUUUGCGUCGGGUUUUCUGCCAAACAUGGGUGCUGUUCAUUUUCUCCGAGCAAUCAACAACCUAGGCCUCAAGCUGAUUGAUUCAUCCAAUGCAAGCCAUUUUCACAUCCAAGCUCCACCUUCCAACUCUUCAUUGCAAGUCUACUCUUCUGCUCAAACGUUUUUUGAUGGCGAGAUAUACGGGGCUGCUGAGGUACAUAUGCCAGCCUUGGAAUUUUGUCACAGCCUGAUUUUGGCAGCUAACAACUUCUCAUCAUAUUCUGCUCCAAAACUUGAGUAUGUCCAAGGGAACCUCGAAAUUACUGGAAACGAAAAUUUGCGGACAAUUUCUCUGCCACUUCUGCAACGCGUUGCGUUAUUGGAGCAUAGCGAGAGUUUUUAUGAAGGAAACAACACACUUAUCGGCAAUUCAUCACUUAAAGUCACAGGAAAUGGAAACUUGCAGGAUAUUUCUAUGCCAGCCUUAACACAUGUCGAUAAAGAUCUAGAGAUGUCUGGUAGCAAAAACUUGAUGCAUAUCAAUUUAACGAGUUUAGCGGAAAUCCGUGGACGACUCGCUGUGAUAAACGUCACCUUCACAAAAAUACCAUUGCCCUCCUUGAAGAUUUUAUCUCCUUCGCUUCAUGGCGCGAUGAAGAAUGGUACUCGGAAUUGUAGUCGCAUACCAUCAGAGCUUGGAUCCAUCAACACUCCUGGAGGAAGUCUUGCAUGUCUUGAUUUCAGCCCCAGCAAUAAAUAUACACCGGUCUUAGAAAACAUUGGCUCGAAACAUGGCUUUUCGUCUAUCUUCGUCGCACCUUCCAUAAUAUUUGGAAUUCUGCUAGCUACCUGCAUCAUAAUAUUCGUCAAAAACCGUAUGAGAUCGGCUUUCGUUUUCGAAUCCGCGAAAUCCAUGUCAUUCAAUCUUCUAUCCAGUCAUCGUACCACGAUUGAAAAUAUCCCCGAACUCAUGACCGUGGAACGAUCGGUUGAAUUAACAGACCCAUGGCAAGAGAUGUAUGAGCUUGAGGCCACGGAGUACCACGAGUUAGAUUCAUUGCCCAUAAUUCCGACGUCGAUAGAAACUAGCUCGUCGGUGAUUCAGAAUCCACUUUUGAAUGGCUUGGGGCAAACUGAUGCGCCAUGAACUUAUGUAUCACAAUAGGCUCCAAAACAAAAUUUAUUACAGAAUCACUCGAAGUCACCCAACCUCCCUGGACAAGUAUU